AGAGACACUUAUAUCCAACAAUGGACCCUGAACGGCUUCUAGAAGGCGGACAGCCCCACCGCGACUACACCUGGGUGCGACUGUACUGUCUUUGUACUACACAGUACGCCAAUUGCGAACCAGUGUUCAGGGUUAAACAACAGGCGCGGCCCAUGCGGCAGUCAUCCAAAACAAACCUUAAAGGCACCAAACGAAUGCACGAGAGCCCAACAGCUCAAGGGAUGACCAGUCCAUACGGACGAGAGGAGACAAACGGUCGCACACACAGCGCACAGACGCAGAAACGAGCCAGGCCGGUGGGUGUAGGGGAUAGGGGUAGUGGUAGUGUGCACGACCAUGCGAAUGCAGUGGAGGUGCAAGGAGGUGCAGAGGUGGCGGAGAACUACGACACAAGGGCCAAGCACAGCCCACAACACAGCCCACAAGCGACCCAACAGCUGCACAGGCACGGUACAACGCAUCGGGUGUGUUCGGAGGACAACAACGAGGCGAGUGUGUGUGCGCCAGAUGUUCCGUUGGGUUCUAGGGAUGCUAAAGAGUACACUGUAGAGGUAGUUCUGCUGGACCAUGUGGUUGCCUCGGCCACCGCUGGCAGUCGUGUG